CAGCAUCAUUGCAUUCAAGGCAAGUGAAGGAUCAGCAUUUCUGCAUGAGCACCUUCGGGGGGAAAAUGGACCAUAAAGUAGGCGUUUCUCUUCUGCUUGUGCUGCUUUUAGGCCUCUGUACAGCUCAGCCUGAGGAUGGUUCCAAUGCUGCAGAAAACCCAGCGGGUCAGUCUGACAAGGAGGGCAUUUCCACAGUUAUCCUCAGAAUGAACAAUGCAACUUUGAAUCGGCUGCAUGAAGGAGAUGUGGUCAUUCCAACUACCAGGAAUGGUUAUAAGUGCCUCAACAAACAAUACAGCUGCUUCUGGGCAAAGUCUCCGAAUGGGCUUGUAGAAGUCCCUUUCAUUAUAGAUGAAAAGUAUGGUGAAUCAGAAAAGAAAGUAAUUCUGAAAGCCAUGAAGGCCUUUGAACCAAAAACCUGCAUUCGCUUUGUUCCUCAUAAAAAGGAAAGGGCGUACUUAAGCAUUGUACCAAACUUCGGUUGUUCUUCUUUGGUGGGUCGUAUCGGAGAAAAGCAGCUCGUGUCUCUGCAGAUUCCUGGCUGCGUAGACCAUGGRAUCAUCCAGCAUGAGCUGCUUCACGCUCUGGGUUUCUACCACGAACACAAUCGCAGCGACCGUGACAAAUAUGUCAAAAUCAACUGGGACAACAUAAUGAAACCUUUUUGGAAAGACUUCCAACUGAUGGAUACAGACAAUCUUGGCACUAAAUAUGACUAUUCAUCUGUGAUGCAAUAUGGAAAAACUGCCUUUGGAACAAAUGGAUUACAAUCCAUAGUUCCUAUUCCAGACCCCAACGUUCCCAUCGGCCAGCGGGUGGGCAUGUCUGACACUGACAUUCUCAGGAUCAACAAGCUUUACAAAUGUUCAAAUUCCAAAGGAUAAUCAUUUUUAAAGUCUGUCUCAUACAAAUGUAACAACAUCACAUUGAAGCAAUGCAAUAUCCUGAAUUACAGCAUGUUGUCAUUUAUGGUAUGUGUUUUUGUCUUUAGUGCUUUGGUUACAGAAACAUGAUGAUUCACAGAUUGACUUGUAACAGCAUGUCUUGCCUCUUGAGGAAGCCUUAGAAAUACAUUAAACAAUAUGAGGUAUGA